CUUGGACGACUGACCAAACGCUUCAUGCAGCUGCUUCACACAGCACCAAAUGGAGUCCUUGACCUCAAUGAGGUUACUCGAAAACUGGGCACACGAAAGAGACGGGUGUAUGACAUCACCAACGUCCUAACCGGCAUCCAGCUAAUCAAAAAGAUGUCCAAAAACAAGGUCCAGUGGAUGAAUCCAGCACCAAGCAACUUCGGGAACCAGUGGAGUGCCAAGACGAAAGCUGACCUACUUCAUCUGAAGUCAACGGAGGAGGCCCUUGACUGGCUCAUCAAAGACUGUGCCCAACAGCUUUUUGCCCUGACCGACCUCAAAGACAAUGCUGACUCAGCUUAUGUCACAUAUGAGGACAUCUGUCAGAUUGGCGUUUUCAAGGACCAGACUAUAAUAGCUAUAAGGGCCCCUGAAGAGACAAAGCUAGAGGUGCCCACUCCCACUGAAGUAAGUGUGAGAGACGUGCUGAAAGGCUUUGAGCCUUAGGAGUCAUUUUAAAAUGUAAUAUUUAAAUUAGG